AUGUAGUCGAUUAAAAAAAUUGUGCCGUAAUGGAAACCCUACCCCAUUUAGGCGGGAUUGUUUUGAAUUUCCCCGCCUUUUUCUGUCUUUGUAAAAAAAGGAACGAGCUCAUUUCCCAUGGUUCCUCAGAUUCCGCUCGAUAGAUUUUGAAAUGAGCGGCUCUGCGACUGUGGUCUGUGGCGAUUUGGCGAACUGGCGAUCUUCCAUCUUCAUCGGCUAUUUGGGGCUACCGAAGCAGGCGAAGCUGGAGCCUGGAGAACGAAAGCAACGAUCUGUCAAUCUGCCAUCUUCAUACGUUCUUAAUCAUCAUAGCAUAGCCUAUUCCCCUUCAUCGGAAAUUCGGAAUCCUCAUUCGAUCGAUACAUUAUGGAGAGAUUUUUCAAAAGGAAAUUUUCAUCUUUACAAGAAAAUAAAAGUGAUAGUGGACCUUCAAAUGGAAGAAUAUGUUGAUCUUGAUCAUCCACGACGUAGGACAGGGAAAACUAAUUUGGUACGGUAUCGUAUUGAAUUAUUUUAUGUGAUUAUUGAUCAACAAGUUGCAUCACUUAAUGACCGUUUUAAUGAAGUAAACAUGGAGUUGCUCCAUUGUGUGGCUUGUUUGAGUCCUCGUGAUUCUUUCCAUAACUUUGAUGUGGCCAAAUUGGUGAGAUUAUCUCAAUUUUAUCCUAAUGAUUUCUCUGAAGUUCAUGCCAAAGAAUUACAGAAUCAAUUGGAGACAUACAUUAUGGACGUGACUUCAGAUGACAAAUUUUCAAAUCUUAAUGGUCUUGGUGAUUUGUCUACGGUAUUGGUAGAGACGAAAAAACACACCACCUUUCCUUUGGUAUAUAAACUUCUAAAGUUGUCAUUGGUUUUGCCGGUUGCAACUGCAGGUGUUGAAAGAUGCUUCUCAGCAAUGAAUCUUGUGAAGACAUAUUUACGAAAUCGAAUUGGGGAUGAGUUCUUUAGUGAUUGUUUACUAUCUUAUGUGGAAAAAGACAUGCUUGAAAGAGUUGAAAAUGAAAUUGUAAUAGAUCGGUUUCAGAAGAUGAAAACUCGAAGAGGGCAGUUGUAAUUUUUUCAUAUUUUAUGCUUUGUCAUAUUAGAAUUGUAAUGUUUAAUUUUAUGUAUUUCAAAACUUGUGUUUGUAAUUUUUUGGUCUUUUACUUUAUGUUAUGACUUUAAGUCUUUAAUUAUUGUGCCCCCAACUCUUCAAUUUUCUGGAUCCGCCACUGCCCCCAGCCGUCCGUCGCCAGCCGUCUGUCGUGGUCCAUCUAUUAAUGGUACCCUUUCUACCAUUUUUUUAAAAUUUAUUUCGAAAAUCUCUAAUUUAAGCUUAUAUUAGCUAAUUACUAGUGUUAAUCCCGUGCUUCGCACGGGCUCGUAUAUAUUCUAAAUUUCUGAGAUUGUAUAAAUAUAAUUUUAGCUGUUUU